CGCAACAAUUGGCCCAACGAGCAGCUCCAAAGUAGCGUUGCCACCAUGGCCAAGUCGCUGAACCCGAUGGAGGCGUACCGCCGCGAGCAGAAGAAGAAAGAGCUCAAGAAGCACCGACUGGAGCGACAGAAGGAUAAGCAGGCUAAGCUCAGUGCCAUGGAUCCGGUGGAGAUCCGGGAGCAGCUCAAGAAUCUCGAGCGCCAAGUGGCUGCAAACCCCACGGACGGCCCCACACGCAAGCGCAAGCAGGAACUGGAGGACACACUGCGGGCGGUCGUCAAGAAGCAGAAGGAAAUGGUAGACGAAGAGCGCAAGAAACAGGCGAAUGCACCGCCGCCACCGCCAAAGAGUAUGGCGGAGUUGACACAAGCCAACAAGGAAAAGUACCAGAACCCAGAGAACUCCAUCUAUUACCAUCCGACACUGAAUCCGUUUGGAGCGCCGCCACCAGGCAAGCCGCAAGUGUACCGCAAUAUGCCGGCGGGGACUGUCGUCGGAGCUGCACCGAGAGGCCCACCAAGACAGGGACGGCCGCAGCAUCGACAAUUUACGAGCACAAGAGAUGGUGGAGGUAUAGUACCUCCACCUCCGCCAAUGCAGCAGCCUCGCACAAUGGCGCGGCGGCCUGGAAAGCGACCACCGCUGCCGCCUGGACCCCCACCUCCGGGAACGAUCCAGGUACCUCCGAGACCACCAUUACCGAGUGGGGUGCUGCCUGCUCGGCCACCUCCUCCACCACCUGCAAAUGCUCGAGCUACCGAUAGAAUGGUACCUCCUCCGCCUCCACCGCCGCCGCAACAGCCACGCGAAAUGAUACCGCCUCCUCCGCCCUAUCCAAUGAUGGCUACUGAUGAUACAGCGAUGCAGACUGGUAAUACAGCAGCAGUCAAUGUGGAAGAUGGCCACGUUAUAGCCCCAUACCCGACGACAGACGAGAGCGAAGAUAACAGCGUCGUUGCUCCCUAUCCGCCACCCGAUGAACCCACAGAAGACGAAGAAAUGGACGAAGAGGCUGCUGAGCGUGCAGCUGAGGGUCAAGCACAGCUCCGUUCGCUCGUACCCGUAGCACUUCGUGUGCAGCGUCAAAUUCCUGCAGCCCCCAGCUCCAGCGUUGCCAGUGCUCCGCCCAUUCCAGCCCCUCGACGUCCAGUUCCUGCCCCUCCAGCCCCGGCACCUCGACCGUCAGUUAGAGCCACCCCUCCACCUCCUCGACCCAUGCCACCCAAACCAACAGACAGCAACUCCGUGUCUAACGAGUUCGACACCUUCAUGGAGGAAGUUAAGGGAUUGCUGUAGCUACAAGUUUUAGCGCUUCAAGCGUCCGUUCAGAACCAACAAGUAUCACAUCUACACUACGCUACGGUAGUAUAAUGACUGGGGUGAAGGCGAUCUGGAUUGGCGAAACGAAACAAGUUGUUUCAACCAACGCAUUAGUAUAUGGAGUACACCAAGUUCGACAUUGAAAUGAACAGCCCAGCGAUGAAAAGGUGAUUACGAUCUCCUGACCAUACACUGGGAAGCGUUUUUUUUACCUACAAAUAUUUUUUAUGGAACAUUGUUGUACGACACCGAUAACCAUCUUUCAAAAACAAGCAAAUAUAAAUGAGUUACACAC